AUGGACUACAGAGUCGGCGGUGGAGGGAGGGCAAAGGCUCACCAGCGCAUUGUGCAGACUCCUUCGGUGGCCACCCGCACCGACGGCGGACGACCGCCUCCAGCGCAGACGGAGCCCCCUGAUAUCGGGUACGCCCUGCGGCCGCUAGUGGCGCUGUCGGCGCUGGUGGGGGUUCCCCCCUGCCGGCCCAGCCGGUCUGCGCUGCUGGAUGCCGCGUCCCGCGCCUACAGCCUCGCCGUCGUCGGCUGCCUGGCGUACAUGGGCUACGCCACGGCGGCGUACAUCGUGGAGGCCUACGGCGCCGCCUGCCACAGCUACUACGUGCCCGAGUUCGUCGGUCGGUCCGUGGUCAGCUGCGCCGCCUGCGUCUCCGUCCUGUCGCUGCUGCUCGCCCGUGGGGACUGGCUGUCCGUGUUUUCGGCGGAGAUUCGGCACGUGGACGACCUCCUGGCCGUCGACAAGUGGAAGGCGCACCGAGCCACCAAGUUCUACCUGUUCACUUCUCUGGGCCUGCUACUAGCGGGCUACACAGGGAAUGUAGUUUGGGACGUCAUCGUCAUUUCCCCUUACGAUGCACUAGUCGAGAUCAUUGACUUUGUAAUCGUCGUGACGUUCGAGCAGUUUCUCGUGUUCGCGCUGAUUAUCAAAUACAGGUUCCUCUUGCUCAACGAAACUGUGCUGCACUUGUUCAGGUCUCAACUGAAAACCUUCAGAGAAAUGAAUGUGCCAACAAUAAAAAGUGUACAAUGUCAUCUUCCCUAUCGCCAUCCAUCAGCGUUGGAUGAUUCUCCCAAGCAAAGCACUUGGCCGGUGUCCUGCGACCAGUUGUUAACCAUAAAGGUCGUACACAUGAAACUCACCAAACUGGCUGAUGCCUUGAAUGACGUGUACACAGUACCUAUCACAGUGAUGGCCUUCCAGGCGCUGGUGACCAUCGUGCAGGUGGUUUUCAACAUCCUACUGUGCCUUUUGGACCAGGAUGAAGAGAAUGACACGAUCAUCCUUCCUGACCUCUGUUACCUCCUAAUGACUGUGACAAGUGUGCUAGUUCUGACGUACUGCUGUCAGUCCACUACUUCACAAGCAAGAAGAACGGCCAGCAUAGCAGAGGACCUCGUACUGGCCAACACAGCAGUGGGCGGCAGCGAGGCGUUCUCGCAGCAGCUGCGGGAGCUGUCUCGGCAGGUGCGUCACAACCCCGUGGUGUUCAGCGCGUGCUCGCUGUUCAGCGUGGACGCCUCCCUGCUGAUGGGGUUCAUGUCGACCGUCGCCACCUACUCCAUCAUACUGCUGCAGUUCGUUGUCUCCAACAAGGGGUGCCCCCUAGGAGGAGGGCCAGCCAACAGCAUGGGUGUAGACGUCAACGAGACAACUUCUUCAACAGCAGAGGACACUUAG